AAUACAACCUUUUUUAAUCUCUCUCUCUCUCGUCUUAUAUUGUACUUGUACACUGUACUAGCAGUAUUCUACUAAUCUAUCUCCACGCACAUACGACCCAGCCCAAAACCCAAGUCUGACAUCACCUCAUUACUACUAAUUAAUCAAACUUAACAUUUCCUAAUUUUUAUUGCCAUGCGACUUUCCCAUUUAUCACCUCAUUUUCUGAUAAAAAAAGUUUACACCUUUCCGAACAACCAAACGAGAUCGAGAAGAGGACCUUCUGCUUCCGCGUCCACCUUUUCUCUCCCGCUCGGGUACUGCUCCUGCCACUUGCACUAGAACCUUAAUUUCUGCGCUGUGUAUCGGAUCCAACUUCACUAUAGGGCACUGCCCUAUUGGCUUCAAUCAUUCCUCUUCUUCGGUUAACGUGAAUUUGGUCAGAGACCCCAUCAUCAGACAGAGCUGGUAGGUGGUGGGUAUUGGGUAAGUGAGAAAAAGAAGCGUUAAAAAAAUCAAAUUUUGCAGGUUGACCGGUAGAUAUAGCAAGCAAGGGAGAGCGUGUUAGUAGAAACCCUAGAAAGUAGAAGCGAAAACCAUAUAAGAAAAAGAUCAACAAUACAAAGCUUCGUGAGGGUAAAUGCCCUAAAAAUUGUUUUUUUUUUCUCCCGCUGAGAAAUCGUUGAAGGUUCCCAUGCCGGUUGAUUUGGACAAUGUUUCCACAGCUUCAGGGGAAGCUAGCGUGUCUUCCUCCGGCAAUCAGACAGUGCCGCCAAAACCUGCAACUAAGAAGAAGCGAAACCUGCCAGGACUGCCAGAUCCGGAUGCAGAGGUGAUUGCUUUGUCGCCGAAGACCCUGAUGGCUACGAACCGUUUCGUGUGUGAAAUUUGCAACAAGGGGUUUCAGAGGGAUCAGAACCUUCAGCUUCAUCGAAGGGGUCACAAUCUGCCAUGGAAGCUUCGGCAGAGGUCGAGCAAGGAGGUGAGGAAGAGGGUGUACGUGUGCCCCGAACCCACGUGCGUCCACCACGAUCCUUCUAGAGCCUUGGGGGAUCUCACGGGGAUUAAGAAGCACUUCUGCAGAAAGCACGGCGAGAAGAAGUGGAAAUGCGACAAGUGCUCCAAGAAGUACGCGGUUCAAUCCGAUUGGAAGGCUCACUCCAAGAUUUGCGGCACCCGAGAGUACAAAUGCGAUUGUGGCACUCUAUUCUCGAGGAGGGAUAGCUUCAUCACGCAUAGGGCCUUUUGUGAUGCGUUGGCAGAGGAAAGUGCGAGAUCUCAGCCUCCGACUGCUGCGAAGGCUAGUUCGGAGUCAGAUUCGAAGGCUGUGACUGGUGAUUCGCCGCCCCCGCCGCCGCCGACGGCGGGGGCAGUGGCGGCUCCGCCUCCACUGCCACCUAGUUCUCAGUCAACCAGUGUUGUUGUAUUGCAGACACAAAAUCCAGAGUUGCCUGAAAAUUCCCCACAAAUCGUAGAAGAACCGCAGGCCAAUACUGCUAUGAAUGGGAGCUGUAGCAGCACCAGCACCACCAGCUCAACUAGCAAUAGCAAUAGUGGUACUGGCAGCAGUGUAUUUGCAAGCUUGUUUGCUUCAUCAACAGCAUCUGGAACCGCAAGCCUUAGCCUCCAAUCUCAAACACCAGCAUUCACUGACCUAAUUAGGGCCAUGGGACACCCAGAUCACCCUGGUGACCUCUCAAGGCCUUCAUCAUCGGAGCCCAUUUCUCUGUGCCUUUCUACCAAUCAUGGGUCAUCCAUUUUCGGAACGGGAGGGCAGGAGCGCCGUCAGUAUGCCCCACCACCACAGCCAGCCAUGUCUGCCACUGCAUUACUGCAGAAAGCUGCCCAAAUGGGUGCAACUGCAACAAACGCCUCUUUUCUUCGUGGAUUAGGCAUAGUGUCAUCUUCUGCAUCAACCUCAUCUGGCCAACAAGAUAGUAUGCAAUGGGGUCAGCAGCCAGUUGAGCCGGAGGGUACCUCAGUUCCUGCAGGUCUUGGACUCGGGCUUCCUUGCGACGGUAGCUCUGGACUCAAGGAGUUAAUGAUGGGGACUCCCUCCAUGUUUGGUCCAAAGCAGACCACCCUCGAUUUUCUCGGGUUGGGGAUGGCAGCUGGGGGCACCCCUGGUGGAGGCUUAUCGGCACUCAUCACCUCCAUUGGUGGUGGUCUGGAUGUCACUGCUGCUGCAGCAUCCUUUGGUAGUGGAGAAUUUCCUGGCAAAGAUAUUGGGAGGAGCACUUGAUAUUUUGGGUGCAAGGACUGUUGUAUAGAGCUAUAUGGUCCUUGUACGUUGUGAAGUUGCAGUUCCAUUGUGGAUGAUUAGUAAGAUAUAGUAUGCUCCUUUUGAGCAAUGCCACAGGAAAUGCGCUAAUGUGUCGUUUUGGAUUAUCUGAUGCCCUCUAAUGUGGGCGGAAAACCAUGUAUAUUUAUUACCGUAUAUUAAAGAAAAGAUCCAGAGAGCCUUCUUUCCAUCAGUAAUGUCACGAGUUACAAUAUUAUGUUUGCUCUGGACCACUGGAUUUGGUGAAUUAAGGUGUUGUACGAAAGGUUGAAAUUGAUGUUGGGCUGGUGUCAUAGGUUAUAGUAGCCAUAAUGUUGCAUUUGAAGACUACAUCUACAGUUUUGAAUUGAUCAAGAAGUGAAUUAAUUCGUCUGUUGGAUGAUUUGUUUGGUCCAUAGCUGUAGCCUGUAGACAUAAAUCAGGAAACUUUGAUGUUUUCUUCUAUUGUUAGCAGUAAAUGGUUGGUUGAAUUGAAUGUUUAUCGCGAAUAUGCAUUGUCAUUAUGUAGUAAAGAAUUAUAUUCCAUUGAAGUUCAAUUUUUCCCUGAUGAAUCAAA